AUGAAGGAGCUCAAUUGGCUUUUUGGCUUGCUGGCUAGCACGGCAGAACACUUGUCUUACGCCGACGCUGCUGCAAAGGGUGCCAGACAGACCCCUGAAGAGGCCGCCGCCCCUCAGCCCCCCGAAAUCAUCCCCAGUGAAACCGCCUCCACGGCAUCUCUCAUCGACGUCGACAUGCCCAGCGUCCACACCGUCCGAUCAGACUUUCUCGAGCAGGACAUUCAAACCGAGACGCAAGCCGAGCGCAUCAAGCGCGAGCAAGAGGCCGCCCGCGCCGCCCAGGCGGCAUCCAAGAAGAAGGCCACCAGCAAGGCCAGAAAGGCCGACUCCUGGAUCAACCGCCAGUUCUCCCAGCUCUCCGACGGCAGCGUCACGGCCAUUGCCAUUGCCAACGUCUUUGGCGUCGUGGGUGUGAGCGGCUUCCUGGGGUAUCGCGCGUGGGGCCUUUAUGAGAGGAGCCGGCUGGACUGGAAGCAUGUGGGCGUUGGCUUUGGAGUUUUGGCCGCUGUUGGCGCUGUGGAGGCGGUGCUUGGACGGUACCUGUACAGAAGCAAGGAGGAGGAUUCUUCAUGA